GCGCGCGCCGCCGCCGCUGCCGCCGAGCUGGGCGGGAGUUGUUGGCGGUGGUUCUGAAGGUGAUGGCCUUGACUGAAGGCCUCGAGACGGCAUCUCCCGCUGUUUCUGCAGUCGCUGCCCGGGACUCGGUGCGCUCAUCGUCAUGAGAGGAGACAGAGCCCUGAAGCAAAGAAAUCUGGAUCACAGAAAAAGUAUUCAGGGGUCAUGCAAGCCAACUGUAGCCAACUGCACAGCCCUUCAGGAGCUGCAGGCACUGAGGAUGCCUCAGCCUCCCAGUGUGUCCAAACAAGAUUGACAGGAGAAGCUUCCUGUCUUUAUUCUGGAGAUGUUCAUAUUCAGAUAAACUCCAUGCCUAAAGAAUGUGCUGAAAAUCCAAGCUCCAGAAAUGUAAGGUCAGGUGUCCACAGCUGUACCCAUGGAUGUGUACACAGUCGCUUACGGAGUCACUCCCACAAUGAAGCAAGGCAACCUGAUGAUACCGAGAUGGAGUCUGGAGAUCAUGGUAGUAGCUCCUUCUCAGAAUUCCGAUAUCCCUUCAAGUGGUUGCAAAAAGGUCUUCCAUAUAUUUUGAUUCUGGGUGUCAAACUUGUUAUGCAGCAUAUAACAGGAAUUUCUCUUGGAAUUGGGCUGCUUACAACUUUUAUAUAUGCAAACAAAAGCAUUGUAAAUCAGGUUUUUCUAAGAGAAAGGUGCUCAAAGAUUCAGUGUGCUUGGUUACUGGUAUUCUUAGCAGGAUCUUCUGUUCUUUUAUAUUACACCUUUCAUUCUCAGUCACUUUAUUACAGCUUAAUUUUUUUUAAUCCUACUUUGGACUAUUCGAGCUUCUGGGACGUACUUUGGAUCGUUGGAAUUACAGACUUCAUUCUGAAAUUCCUCUUCAUGGGCUUAAAAUGCCUUAUUUUAUUGGUGCCUUCUUUCAUCAUGCCUUUUAAAUCCAAGGGUUAUUGGUAUAUGGUUUUAGAAGAAUUAUGUCAGUAUUACCGAACUUUUGUCCCCGUACCAGUUUGGUUUCGUUACCUUAUAAGCUAUGGGGAGUUUGGUAAUGUAACUGGAUGGAGUCUUGGGAUAUUGCUGGCUUUACUCUACCUCAUACUAAAACUUCUGGACUUUUUUGGACAUCUGAGAACUUUCAGACAGGUUUUGCGAAUAUUUUUUACACGACCAAGUCACGGAGUGGCUGCCAGCAAGAGACAGUGUUCAGAUGUGGAUGAUAUUUGUUCAAUUUGUCAAGCUGAAUUUCAAAAGCCAAUUCUUCUCACCUGUCAGGCUCCUGUGAAAUCUGUUUUUCAGAAAACUCAAGUGUGUUUGCUGGAAAUAGAUACCUGUGAUCUUGAAAUGCUAUGGGGUACCACAAAUUCCUAGGAGGGGGUAAGCCCUGGAAAAGGCUCUUAACAAGAAAGCAGAACCAACAGAAGGAGUCUCUAGCCCACAGGAGCCCAAAGUCCCAGGGAAGAGAGAUGAGUCAAUGGAGCUAAGCACAAGGUGCCAUGGGAGCUACAUCUGACCUGGCAAGAAGACUUCCUGGAGGUGGAGAUACCUAAGCUGUAUCAUAAAAAGUUAUUAAGAUGAAAUGUAGAGGGUAUUAAAAAAAAAAAAAAAGGCAUUCCCAGUGCAAAAGAGGCUUGACAGGAUGGGACACGUCUUGAGGAUCUAAAAGUAGUUCAGUAUGGUUAGAAGUGGUUAGGACAUGUUUUAGGCUGGACAUAUAGGAAAUGGAAGGCCUGGGCAUCUAGGCAAAGGCAUUUGAAUCUUCUUUUAGAGGCAGAGGAGAAAUGCUGAGGUAAGGUAAGUGAAUAACCUUUGGCUUUAAGAAAGACAGUUCUAGUAGCAGUGUGAAGUUUUAGGGAAGAAACGACACCAGUUAGAAGGCUAGUAAACUAAGCAAGAAGUAAAACCUGUAACUAAGAAAAUGAAAGUGGGGAAAAAAAGGGUAAAAGUGCAUCAUUAGCACUCGCUGACUAAGGAGAUAUGAGAAGAAAUGAUGAUACCAUGGUUUCUGUGUAAGUAAUGGUGUCAUUCAAUAACAGGAAAUGGAAACAAAGAAAAAAGUUUUGGGAAAAUGAUAUAUUGCUUUGGACAUGCUAAGUCUUAAAUUCUAAGUUCUUAUACACCUCUAGUAACAUGAAAAAGCCUAUAUACGUGGCCAUUGGUUGCAAUAUUAUUUGUAAAAGUGAAACAUUAGAAACAACCUAAAUGCCCAUGCAUAGGAUACUGCAUGAAAACCCUGUGUAAAAAAAUUGUAAAAAGAAUGAGGAACAUCUCUGAAAGCAAGGUGCAAAAGAGCAUAUAUGGCACAGCAGUAACACAGUAUGCUACCUUUUGUGUAACAGUGGAAAUAAGAAUAUAUAUAAUAGGUACAUGCUUAUAUCUGCAAUAAUGAGCACACCUAAAUUAAGCCAAAAGCUAAUGAUACAGGGAAU